AUGCGCCGGCGUGCAAGGUGGCAGCUUCCGGCACCGCCGCGCCGCACAGGAAGUGUCGCGCAGAUAGCAGGGGGCCAGCUGGCCGCCGCGACGGGCGCGCCGCACAGAGCGGGCCGACUGGAGGACAAAAGCUCGCAAGAGAUGUGGACAGAAGUAGCUAAUACUGUCAAGGAGGCCGCAGAGAAACACAUUCCCAAGAAAAGGAACAGUAAGAAGGCUAUAUGGCUAUCAGUUGAGACAGUGCAAGUUGCAGAAGAACGAAGGAAAGCAAAAAUCAAGGGAGAUAGAUCAGCUAUGUUUGAAUUAAAUAAAGAUUUUCAGAAAUUAGCUAGAAGAGAUAAAAAUAUAUUCUUUAAUGAACAGUGCAAGGAAGUGGAAGAUAGUAACGGAAUGGGGAAGACAAGAGAUCUUUAUAAGAAAAUUAGAGAAAUUAAAGGAAAAUUCCAGGCAAAAAUUGGAAUGAUAAAAGAUAGAAACGGGAAAGAUCUGAGUGAUGCAGAGGAUGUUAAGGAAAUAUGGGCAGAAUAUGUAGACCUAUACAAGAAAGAUCUGCAUCAUGACAGGGCUCCUAAUGCUGAUGUCAAUGUUAAUUUAGAACUAGAGCCAGAUAUUUUGGAGAGCGAUAUCCAGUGGGUCCUUGAAAAUAUGGCUGAUAACAAAACUAGUGGACAAGAUGAAAUACCAGCAGAAUUGUUUAAAGUCACUGGAAAGGAUGCACAUCAGAGGGCGGCGGGCGACGCAGCUACAUACAGCUCGCCAUCUCCGAAGCAACUCUUUCCUAACUUCUCCUUACUACAAUUUACUGAAGAUGGUUAA